UUCAGUAGUUGGAUUGUUUCUUCGAAGUAUGACGCGUUGACGGAUCAGUACAUUAGGUGACGCUUGUAAAACCAAAAAAAAAGGAAAAACUCUGAGAAAUUUUGUUAUGCAAAUCAAAGCCAAGCACGAGAAACCUCUUCUUUCGUCACACGAGAUACGAAUAUUACAUGCUGAAUAGUUGGACAUCUAGUUGCAUUAUUGAGACAAGUUAGGUGUGUAUAAAAGAUGGAAUCGGAUUCUUCGCCUGCUGUAAGAGCUCCUGGUGCUCAAGUUCCUCUUGCUCCCAGGCAAGAUAGUUCUCCACGUGAAGGACCAUCCAUAUUAUCUGCUUCUGGCCUAUCAUCUUGGGCAAAAAGCUUAAAAAUCCAACAGCCUUCGCCGGAGGCUCCGGAAGGUUCACAGACAAGCUCUGCAAAGGCAACUCUUGCACGUCUUACCAGUGGGUUGGGCUUGAGAUCAUCUCCAAAAGCUGCUGUUCCAGAUGAAACUGAGGGAACCUCAUCAAAUGCACAACCUGGAGUUUUUGAGUCCCUUGCAAAAGGUUUUGUUGACUCAUCCAAGAGUACGGUGAAGGCUGUCCAGGUCAAGGCUCGCCAUAUGGUCUCACAAAACAAAAGAAGGUAUCAGGAAGGAGAGUUUGAUUUGGAUAUGACGUAUAUCACUGAAAAUAUUAUUGCUAUGGGGUUUCCUGCUGGUGAUAUGAGCUCUGGGUUUUUUGGAUAUGUUGAGGGAUUCUACAGGAACCACAUGGAAGAAGUAAUGAAGUUUUUUGAAACUCAUCACAAGGACAAGUACAAGGUAUAUAAUCUUUGUUCAGAAAGGCUGUAUGAUGCUUCAUUAUUUGAGGGAAAGGUUGCUUGUUUCCCAUUUGAUGACCAUAACUGCCCUCCAAUUCAACUCAUUACAUCAUUUUGUCAAAGUGCAUAUUCAUGGUUAAAAGAAGACUUAGAAAAUGUGGUUGUUGUUCAUUGUAAAGCUGGCAUGGCAAGGACAGGAUUGAUGAUCUCUAGCCUUCUUCUAUACCUGAAGUUCUUUCCAACAGCCGAGGAAUCAAUGGACUACUACAACCAGAAAAGAUGUGUGGACGGCAAAGGACUUGUUCUUCCGAGUCAGAUUAGGUAUGUCAAAUACUUCGACCGCAUCUUAACAUAUUUCAAUGGAGAAAAUCAGCCUGGACGCAGAUGCAUGCUUAGGGGAUUUCGGCUUCACAGGUGUCCUUACUGGAUAAGACCCUCCAUUACUGUUUCUGAUCAUAAUGGUGUUCUUUUGUCUACGAAGAAGCACCAUAGAACCAAGGAUUUGAUGCCAGAAGAUUUGUGGUUUAGUGCUCCAAGGAAAGGCGUCAUGGUUUUUGCUCUACCAGGGGAGCCUGGUCUAACAGAGUUGGCUGGCGAUUUCAAAAUCGAAUUCCAUGAUCGCCAAGGGGAUUUCUACUGUUGGUUGAAUACGACAAUGAUAGAAAAUAGAAAAAUCUUAAACACCUCGGAUCUUGAUGGAUUUAACAAGAGAAAACUGCCUUCCCCAGGAAUUCUGCUUGAGGUUGUGCUGGUAAACUGUGAUGAUAGUAUUCAAACAACCCCCACUACUGCUGAUGACACCAACAAGGGAAUGGGAGGAAGUUCAGCUAGUAUUCCUGCCAACAUUGAUGAUCGGGAAGCUACAAUACCAGAUAUGAGUAAAAGCAUCAGUAGCACUGAUAAGGAUGAUGUAUUCUCAGAUGGUGAGACAGAAGAAACUGGUCAUGCAAAUAGACAAGCUCAAGUUGCUUCCAAGGAAGCUGCAGCUACUGGUCUUACUGCAGAUUCCAAACCAAGCUCAGCUGUUGAGGAAGUGGCAAGCAUAUCACAUAAAACUGAACAAGUUUCAUUGAAAAGCAAUGGAUCCCCAGAAACCCCAGCUGCAACUGUACGUCAGAGUAGUGAAGAAGGCUCAACAAGCGUUGAGGCAUCAACAGAAGGGAUAAGUGACUUCAAGGCAAUUGCAGCAGAUACUUCUGUUUUCAGCUUUGGUGAUGAGGACGAUUAUGAAAGCGACUGAGGUGGUGAAUGUUUUCUACUAUUCAGAUUGUUUGUUUGUACAUAAAUGAUCAUAAGAAGUUCAUCAAGAACUUAUGUAUGCAGCUGGUGUUCAAUGGAAAUUGUGCCUGUGAUAUUCACACUUACUUUUCCAUACCAUAUGGUAAAAA